GUAAUAUGUUUAAAUGGCUAAUUCUUUGAGUCCCUGUGAAUUAAUCAAUUUUAAUUUAGCUAUAUGGAUCAUCAUAGAUCUUUCUUGCUAUUUCUCUCAGUUCUAGUUUUCAGUUUCUUUGCUCAGAUUGAGCUCACUGUAACUGCAAAUUUUCCAGGCCAUAAGAUAUUUGUUCCAUUUAAUCGUAGCAGUUUCCCAGUGGAUUUCAUAUUUGGAACAGCCUCAUCUGCUUAUCAGUAUGAAGGAGCAGCGAAUAAAAAUGGUAGAGGCCCAAGUAUCUGGGAUACCUAUACACAUAAACAAUCUGAAAGAAUAACUGAUCAUAGAAAUGGUGACGUAGCUGUAGAUUUUUACCAUCGUUACAAGGAAGACAUAAAGCUAAUGAAAUUUGAAGGACUAAAUGGUUUUAGAUUUUCUAUCUCAUGGUCAAGAAUUUUACCAUAUGGGAAGCAAAGUAAGGGAGUAAACCAAGAGGGAAUUACCUUCUACAAGAAUCUUAUCAAUGAGCUCCUAGCAAAUGGAAUACAGCCUUUGGUCACACUCUUCCAUUGGGAUACACCUCAAGCCCUUGAAGAUGAGUAUCUUGGCUUUUUAAGCCCUCAUAUUGUGAGCGAUUUUCGCGAUUAUGCUGACCUUUGCUUCAAAGAAUUUGGCGAUAAGAUUAAGCUUUGGACCACGAUCAACGAGCCAUGGACUUAUGCCUCUAUUGGCUACGACUCGGGCCGAUUCGCACCCGGAAGAUGUUCUGCUUGGAUGAACAAUAGUUGCGUUGCUGGGGACUCUGCAACUGAACCUUAUAUAGUUGGCCACCACAUGCUUCUUGCUCAUGCUGAAGCAGCUAAAGUAUAUAGAACUAAAUACAAGGCACUACAAAAGGGUGAGAUAGGAAUAGUGCUGGUGUCUCAUUGGUUUGAACAAUACUCCAAGACUAAAGAAGAUGCGAAAGCAGCUAAGCGAGCCAUCGACUUCAUGUUUGGAUGGUUUAUAGAUCCAUUAACCUAUGGUGACUAUCCAAAAAAUAUGCGUAGACUCGUGCAAGAUCGCUUACCUAAAUUCACGACAGAGCAAGCUGAGAUGGUGAAAGGUUCCUAUGAUUUCUUGGGACUAAAUUACUACACUUCGAAUUAUGCAUCCAAUAUUGUUUCUCCAUAUAAAGUGAACAUUAGCUAUUCAAGGGAUUCUCAAGUAAAUGAAACAACGGAAAGAAAUGGAAAACUCAUUGGUGAACCGACGGGCUCGAGUGUUUUCUUCGUGGUCCCAGAAGGACUUCAUAAGUUUUUGGUCUACACGAAGAAAAAAUACAAGAAUCCCAUAAUUUACGUUACCGAGAAUGGAAUGAGUGAUGCUAAUGUUACCGAAGUUCAGCAAGGAGUCAAUGAUUUCCAACGAGUACAUUUUUACCGCCGUCAUCUCUUGGCCCUUAAUGCUGCCCUUAAGGAUGGUGUGAUUGUCAAGGGUUACUUCGCAUGGUCGUUGUUGGAUAAUUUUGAAUGGAAUUCAGGUUACACACAGAGAUUUGGGAUUAAUUUUAUUGAUUACAGAGACAAUUUAAAAAGAUAUCCCAAACUUUCUGCGCUUUGGCUCAAAAAAUUUCUACUUAAGUAGAUAUAUAUAUAUAUAUAUAUAUAUAUAUAUAUAUAUAUAUAUAUUGGAGUUCCAUUGUUGUGGCUUAUUACAUUAAAAGUAGGCACUAUUGAACUAUAUCUCCU